AUGGCAGAGAGCAAGCCUGUUAUCGUGAUUGUUCCAGGUGGCUUCUGCAGCCCCGAAGUCUACCAACCCGUCGCCAACACUCUGGAGCAAGAUGGGUUCAACGUCAUCGUCCCGAGAUUAACCGUCACUAAAAACCUCACCUCCAAAGAUCCUGCAAGCCAGGAGUUCAAAGACUUGGCCAAUAAAGGCCUCCUCGAGGAUGUCAAGGAACUUCACGACCGUUUGGCUCCCGAGUUCGAGAAAGGGUCUGAGAUUGUGAUCUUUGGACAUAGCUAUGGAAGUCUCCCCGCUUUACUUGCCAUCGAAGGGCACACGAUUGCAGAACGCAAGGAGAAGGGACUUUCUGGUGGUAUCAAAGGAUAUGUCGCUGUCGCUGGGUUCGCGUAUGCGCAGAGGGGGAAGAACGCUAGAGGCGAUACGGAGCCAGCGCCGCCGAUGCCAUAUUUCGAGCACGAGGAUGGGGUCUUCCAUAUGACAGAGGCCGCAAAGCCUCUCUUCUUCAGCGAUCUUUCUCCCGAGAGACAAGAUGAAGCUUGGAAACUGGUGCUAGGAAGUCAAAGCCAGAAGAGUCUCAGCGACGUAUCGGAGUUCAUCAACUCUGACGUCACGAUUCCAAAGACAUAUGUCUUGUGCGAGAAGGAUGAAACUGUUCCUCCGGAGUUACAAGAGAUGCUUAUUCAAGCUGGGGGUUUCGAUAAUGUAGAGAAGCUGUCGUCUGGGCAUUUCCCUUUCGUCAGUAUUCCGGAGGAGACGGCUAAGCUGUUUGCACGAAUUGCCCUACGAUGA